UGAAUGUCAAUCACUGGGUCCCAAGCGGUAAUUACCCACCGAGCAUCUCCAACGGGGAGGAAGAUUGUUUUGUUUACAAACAAUCUUCCUCUCAAUCAGCUCCAGCAUACUGCUCAGGAUGGCUGUGCACAGUACAGCCAUCCUGAUCAGUGUGCUUACAGUGAAGAACACAUCCCCCCAUCCCCUAGUAAAACACACACAGCACACAGUUAACCCUUUGAUUGCCCCUCACAUUAACCCCUUCCUGCCCAGUGCCAUUAGUACAGUGUCAGUGCUUUUUUUUAGCACUGAUCAUUGUAUUGGUGUCACUGGAGAUGUCAUUUGUCAGUUCCCACCCAGUGUCAGAAUGCUCGCCGCAGUCCCG